UCAUUUCUAUGCAUGAUGGCAGGUCUAACUUCCUUCUCUAGACGGUUACAGCAGGGCCAUCCGUGUAUUACCGACGAUGAAACCGGAAAGUACUGCUUAUUGGUCAGAAGAUGCCAGAGCUGUGCUUGUGAUUGGUCGACAGCCUGCGAGCGUUUACGUGGCACUGGUGGCCCUGCGCAGACUCAGUGCGCACUCUUAUUUCUUCGCAGUGGCUACAUGAUGGUGUUGAAAAUGCAGUUAAUGCUAGCCGCAUUUUUGUUUCUGAAUGUUUGCUGCAGUCUCGUCUCUGCACUGUACUUUCACAUCGGCGAGACUGAAAAGAAAUGCUUCAUUGAAGAAAUUCCAGAUGAAACCAUGAUAAUCGGAAACUAUCGAACACAGCUGUAUGACAAGCAGUCAGAAUCGUACCUGCCUGCCACACCAGGGCUCGGGAUGUUCGUGGAAGUUAAAGACCCUGAUGAGAAGGUGAUCCUGUCUCGUCAGUACGGGUCAGAAGGCCGGUUUACCUUCACCUCCCACACACCUGGUGAACACCAGAUCUGCCUGCAUUCCAACUCCUCUAAAUUUUCUCUCUUCGCCGGUGGAAUGCUUCGAGUUCAUCUGGAUAUCCAAGUGGGCGAGCAUGCGAAUAACUAUGCAGAGAUUGCUGCGAAAGACAAGCUGACCGAGCUGCAGCUGAGAGUGCGCCAGCUGGUGGAGCAGGUUGAUCAGAUUCAGAAGGAGCAGAACUAUCAGAGAUACCGUGAAGAGCGCUUCAGGCAGACCAGCGAAAGCACCAAUCAGAGAGUCCUGUGGUGGUCUAUUGUCCAGACGCUGAUCCUGGUGGCUAUCGGUUUCUGGCAGAUGAGACAUCUUAAGAGCUUCUUUGAAGCCAAGAAAUUAGUGUAAAGUGUGUGUGUGUAUGUGUGUGUCAGUGUUUUUGAUUCAGUAUGCAGUAUACAGCUGAUUGAAAAGUCAUGUCUAGACUGCUGAAAUGAACCUUUAAGUUGAAACGCCUCUCUAAAUUUCUCCCAGACUUGCAUUGAGAUUAUUUCACCAUAUUUUGUUUGUAUGCCACUUAACUGUCGGCUGUGUACCAGUUGAUGACCUUAGGCCAAAACCACAUUUUUUUUUUUUUUUUUUUUUGUUUUGUUUAUCAUGAAUGAAUGGACAUUUCACAAGUCUGAAUAUGAUCUGAGUUUUGUCUCUGAAGCUUGGAAGCAGGAGUUUUGUGUGAAGUUGUCCUACACUGAAGAUGCACACAUUUACUAGACACAAAAUCAACUCUCAGAUCCUGUUGCUUUGUGUACAAUACUCUUUUUGUGGGGUUAGGAUUUAAUGACGUAUGUAAAGUUUGGUUAUUUCAGAGUGAAUAUCUGUCCAUAAAUUUUAUUUAAUAUUCAUUUGUUCAGUUAGCAUGAACUGUUUUCCAGCCAAAUGGGUUCAGAAGGUUGUUUACAGCUCUAGUAGAUUUUCUCAAGGCAGUAGCACAGACACCAGAUCUGUCCUGAAAAAUGAUGGUAUGUUUCUCCUCCUCCUCCUCCCCUCCCUGCAUUAUAUAAUGCAUUGAGGGGAAACAAAAUCUACAAUUUGGGGUUUGAUACUGUUCGAACUUAAAUUUUGAAUGCUUUUGGAGGGGGAUGCAGAAUUAUAAUGUUCUAUUACCUGUUUAUUAUCUGGAACAAUAUUUUGGCUUGUUGUAGGUAAUAGUCACUUUUAUUAAUGAACCACUGUUAUGUGGUUUGUUUAGAAUUCUAAUGUCUCAUCCUGUUUCUACCUUUUAUUUUAAUAUCCUGCAGUUAUCUUGGCCAUUUUUUCCCGUGUGCUCAGAUACUCAGGUAUUUCUGGAUUUGAUAGAAAUGACUGUCACCUCCUUUUUUUCAGGAAGAGCUGCAAUAUCAACCCUGCAAAUGAAUACGGUCAUCCUCAGUGCUCUCUAAGGCUGCAUUUUUGUGUUUCAGUUCAAUUUUAUUACUUGAAGUUUCUUUAUCCCAUAUAAAUUAUUGUUCAGCUUUAUUCCUUUUAUAGGUCCCCCCCCCCACUUUUGAAUCAUGUAGGAUGUGACCCAUGUAUUUCUUUUAAUUUGGGGUUCUUCAUAGACAUUUGUUGGAUGAGGGUUUAAGGCUGAGGGUUUGAGCUUUUUAAAUGACUAGAGGGGAAGACUGUGUUGUGAUGUGUUCAUGAUUGCACUCAAAUAAAGCUUUCAUCUCCCUCCAGUUCACUAGUAACAUCUUUUAGAAUAUACAACUGUAAUCUACUUUUCUAUGAAAGCAGCCAUUAAUUUAAUACAAAACUUUAUGAACUAAA